AUGGCUUCAGCACACGGGGACCUACGGCAUUUACUGCCUGGCAACUACAAGCGCCACAUCACAGCCUGGUUAGAAGAGGACUGUCCCAGUCUCGAUUAUGGUGGUUUCGUCGUCGGCGAGACAGAGGGUGAAGCCCGACUCCUCGGCAAGAGCAAGGUACGGACAAGCACCCGCAGAACCAAGAAUAUCUCACUAACGCAUCAGCAGGGCAUCGUCGCAGGCAUUCCAUUCUUCGACGAAGUCUUCUCGCAACUAGGCUGCACAAUCGAAUGGCACAUCAAAGAAGGCGAAGCCAUCACACCAAUCCAACACUGCGCCACAGUCCGCGGACCAAUCCGCAAGAUCCUUCUAGGCGAGCGCGUCGCCCUGAACAUCCUCGCGCGAUGCUCCGGCAUCGCAAGCAAGAGCGCCAGCAUGCUUGGUGCGCUGCGCGCACAAGGCUGGAAGGGAACAUUGGCAGGGACGCGCAAGACGACGCCUGGGUUCCGACUUGUUGAGAAAUACGGCAUGUUGGCUGGUGGUGCUGAUCCCCACCGACACGAUCUGAGCUCGAUGACGAUGUUGAAGGAUAAUCAUGUGUGGGCGUGUGCGAAUAACAGGGCCGCUGCGGACGGGGGAGUGGCGGAUGCGUCGUCGAUUGAGUCGAUUGCGGCUGCGAUUCCGCGUGCGGUGCAGGCUGCUAAGGCGACGGGGGGAUUCUCGACGAAGGUUGAGGUGGAGUGUCGGAGUGUUGAGGAGGCAAAUGCGGCGAUUGGGGCUGGCGCGGAUGUGAUUAUGUUGGAUAACUUUACGCCAGAGGGGGUCCGGGCUGCUGCGAAGCAGCUUAAGUCGGAGUGGGCUGCGAAGAAGGCUUUCUUGAUCGAGGUUAGUGGAGGACUGACGGAGGAGAAUGCCCCGUCGUAUGUCUGCGAGGACGUGGAUAUUCUCUCCACGAGCUCGAUUCACCAGGGCACGGGGAUUGUGGACUUCUCUCUCAAGGUGUCCUUGCGCUAG